UUCUCAGGUUUUCUGUGUUAUAUUUCAGUUGCAAGAGUAGAGCGAUCUUCAUUUCAUCUUUUGGUUUUCAGACUUCACUGUAGGUUUGCUGAGGAGAAGACAACAAUGCUGAAGAAAGAGUUCAUGCCGUACUGGAACCUCAGUGUCACAGUGCUGCGGGGAAAAUUCAAUCAGUCGUACGACCUUUUGUCUAAAUGUGACUGCUACGUCGUCUUAAAUUUACCCACGGCCUGCGCUUGCUGUCAUCGCACCAAGACAGUGAAAAACAGCAAUGCACCAAAUUGGAAUGAAACGUUUAAUUUCAGAGUUCACAGUGGAGUCAAGAACAUUCUGGAAUUCCACAUAUUUGAUGCUGACAAGUUUACGAAAGAUGACUACUUCUCCACUAUCCUAUUUGACAUCAAUAACCUCAUACCUGGGCAAAAGCAAACAAAAUGCUUCAUUACAGAUGAUAAGAAAAAGAGUGAGCUUUGGGUGGAGUUUGAGGUGACCGUGAGCUCUGAGAAGCCUGAACCGUACUUCUCUAAUGGAGUGCUGAUGGCAGGUCCAUUCUGUGCACUGGAUGUGAAGGUGGAAAAACGUCUAAGGACUAAUGCGGAGAAGGACAUGAUGUUAAAACUGCGAGGCGCUUAUAAGGAAGACUGUUUGAUCCCAGGCUCUGAGGAAAACCCCAGCUGCACACAGACCAUUCGCUACUACAUCAACCGAGACCUGGAGACUGAGUUUAGUCUCAUCCCACCAAAAGCUGGGGAAGAAGUGGACAGGAUAAAUCCAAAGAUUGCUGACAUUCUGUCAUCAGCCCCUAUGAAACCAUUACCAGCCAAACAGCAGAUUCAACUCUCCAUGCCUAUUGGAAAGGAUGAAGUGGAUCUGCAACUAAGCACAGAGGGCCGCUCUGAUGAAAAGUUGGACGUGCGUCUGGAUUUUGAUAUUCCAAUGGAAGAAAAGAAUUUUCUGUUGAAGAGACGAAAAGUCGUGUCACAAGCUCUUCAGAAAGCUUUGAAUCUCAGCUCUGCACCUGAACCCAGCAAGGUCCCAUUGGUGGCUGUUGUGUGUUCUGGGGGCGGGACCAGAGCGAUGACUGGCACAUUCGGAGGCCUAAGAGCUCUGCAAAAACUUCAGCUUCUUGACACGGUCAGCUACAUCACAGGGAUUUCUGGCUCCACCUGGACUAUGGCUUCUCUUUAUGGUGAUGCUAACUGGUCAAACAAUGACCUAAAUGCGGUUUUGGAGUCUGUAAAGAAGGAGAUCUCUAAAAGUGUGUUUAGUAUAUUUUCCAUUGAGCAGCUACGGCAAUACAAAGAGAAGAUGGAAGAGACAGAGAAAGAAGGACGCCUAGUAUCUCUUGUCGAUAUGUGGGGUCUGGCUAUAGAAUACCUCAUCCAAGGGAAGAAAAAAAUGGGUACACUAUCUGACCAGCAGAUGGCACUAUCAAAGGGCCAGAACCCUCUUCCCAUCUACACAGCUCUCAACAUGAAGAAUGGCAAGACAGGAUGUACCACAGAGACUGAAUGGUGUGAGUUCACCCCAUAUGAGGUUGGAUUUACCAAAUAUGGUGCCUUCAUACCUGCACAGAACUUUGGGAGUGAAUAUUACCUCGGCCACAUGAUCAAGAAACUCCCUGAAACUGGAAUUUACUCUCUAUUGGGAAUAUGGAGCAGUGUUUUUUCUCUGAGCCUGACUCAGCUUUGGAGUGCUGUCACAGGAGUGAUUCCAUCCUGGGCCAGCAAAAUUGGGGAAGAAGUGAAUCAGUCAGACACAGAUGACAAACCAUCAACAUCGGACACACUUCAGGUCAGCCCUAUGACUAAUUUGGCAAAAAAGCUGAGCAACUUUCUGACCAGCCGCCCCAUUAUCAGCCAAGUGUUCAACUUCCUUAGAGGCUUCCACCUGCACAGGAACUACAGUGAGAACUGUGACUUCACCACAUGCAAAGACACACAUCCAGACGCCUUUCCAAACUCCCUGACACCAGCAGACACCACACUUGGCCUAGUGGACACUGCUUUUGUCAUCAAGUCAGGAUUCCCUCCUGUGUUACGCUCUAACAGAUGCGCGGACGUCAUUCUGUCUCUGAACUACGCUUGGGACCUGGACCACUUCAAGGUCAUAAAGCAAACUCAGGAGUAUUGCGCUGAUCGCAAGAUUCCAUUUCCAAAGAUUGAUUACAAGAAGUUGGAGUCUGAGCCGAUUAGGGAAGUUUAUGUGUUUGAAGAUAAAGAGAAUCCAGACGCUCCCAUAGUGAUUCACUUUCCAUUGGUCAAUAUCUCAUUCAAGCAGUUCAAGUCUCCUGGAGUGAAGAGAGAGGGUAAGGCAGAGAUAAAGGAAGGAGAUAUUGAUAUUGACUUCACUAGUAUGUUCUGUCCAUUCGCCACUCACAAGCUUACGUAUCAACCUGAGGAUUUCCAGAAGCUGAGCAACCUCACCACCUACAACAUUCUGAACAACAAAGACAUCAUUUUAAACACGCUGAACAAAGCGCUGAAGAGAAACAUGGAGAGAAUUCCUGCUACAAAGGCAUCAAAAUUCUGAUUUGAUGUUGACAACUGAAGUUAAAGGGGUCAUAUGAUGCUAUUUUAAAGAUCAUUAUUUUGUGUAACAGAAUAUGUUGACAUGCUUUAAUGUUAAAAAAACAACAUUAUUUUUCAAAUACUGUACAUCAGGGGUGCCCAAUAGGUCGAUCGCGAAGGCAAUGCUGGUAGAUCGCGCUUUAGGUCAGUGGUUCUCGCGAGACAACUUAAAACUAAUAUAUAAUAUAUUCACUAAUGUUAUGACUAUGAUAAUGUAAAAAUAUAUAUAUAAAUAAAUAAAAGCACCACCUCUCAACGUAUUCUGUAUUUCAGACCAGCAAACCUUUCCUCAUCGCGCUGUGUGAAAUACAGACUGAACGGCGGCUCAUAUACCCUGAUAGCACAUGUACAUCUCUGAGACGUCUAUUUGACGUCUGCAUUUACAUCUGCAAGACGUAUUUUUUAGGCUGUUUGCUCAUCUGCAAUACGUCUAUAGGACGUCUCCUUUUAGAUGUCAAAUAGACGUCUAUUAGAUGUCUUUAAGAUGUUUAUGAUUUAGAGUGUAUGUAAAACUGACAUCUUACAGACGUCUGUCACAUUUAUAGACAGCAGAUGCUUUCCAGAUCAACAGAUCUUUAACAGACAUCUUGCAGACGUAGGUGUGCGAGCAUAUGAUACACAAACUACAGCUCUCGGCUGGAUAAAAGAAGCCAGUGUCACACUAGUAGCCUAAAGUUUUAAUGGAUGACGAUUGUAAUCAAGGUAAAGAUGAUUACAGUGACAUACAGGAUCGUGCAUUAGGCGCGCGUUGUGUCCGUUAUUUGAUGCGCAAACGAACCUAUUUUACUUAUUUCACUAUUUUAUUUAACUUCUUUCUGCUUGAAUACAGCUCAAUAUGAAUACAGCCAGUGUUUUAUAACAGAUGCUCGCGUGCUUUGGAGAAGUUUGUGAGGAUCAGUGGUGUUCAUGUACGUAUGCAACCCAUUCUCAUACCCAACUCGUCACAUAUUGAAGCUUGGUCAGGACCACUUGGCGUCGCUUUUCGACGCUCAAGGUACCCUUUAGCGUCAUUUUUCGACUUGCAGGGUCCUCCGUUGCUUUAAAUAGGAAACCCUUGGCGUCAAUAUGCCGACGCCAUACUGGGAAUUUUAUCGUCGUAAUUAAAUUAUAGGCCUAUAUUGGGUAAUAACAUUGCCAUUAUUGCACAUAUGUUGGGGUGUGAUUUUUCAAUGUAAACAGCCACAGCAGUUUUAUUUAUAUUACAUUAUUUACACAUUUAUGAACACAUAACCCAACCCCUGCCCCUAAACCUACCAUUCGUCAAUAAAACACAAGAUAUAACAGGCAGAUACAACUACCGUCAUAAUUUAUUCAAAAAAUAUUAAUAUUCCAAGUCUUCCAAGGCAAAACAUUUGAUUUGUGAGAGGAAUAGACGCGAUCGCCGUCUCUGUCCGCCGUUAAUCCUGUAUGCUGCAGUCUGUGCGCGUCGCGAAUUCAAAAAAUGCCGCCAGAAGAAGCCUUACGUGAAAUGCUAUUGGCUCUUAUGUGUCUCGUGACCGAUUGCGUUAUACUGUUCUGACAGGCUAUUGGCUCUUGUGUGUCUCCUGACCGAUUGCGUCAUGCUACGUGACUGUAGUAUCUUUUUGAAUGAGAUGUGAGCGCGUUAACAGAGCUGGAUCAUUUUCAGCGAUUAAAAGCUUAUGUUUUGCUCUCUUCUUCUCAUAAAGAUUUCGUAUGGCUUCAGAAGACUUGGAAUGCAACACGAUUUGUUUGUAAUGCUUUUAUACUGCUUGUUUAUGGUCAGUUUUUGCAAUAAAUACCUGUGACUGCCCUUG